AUGGGUAAUCGACAAAAAGGCCGUCAAACAGCAGCAUGGGAACUCGAUGCUAUAUCAAAUUUAGUUGGCAUUCCUCGCAAUCAAUUGGAAAAUAUUUAUAAAGAUUUUCGUCGUGUAUCAAAAGAUUAUCUUCUUGAUAAAACUGAAUUUCGUCGUAUUUACAAAGAUUUAAUACGUUAUUCACCUCAAUAUCAAGAUAAAUCACAUUUAACAUCCUGUGAACUUAAUCGACGAAAUAAUGCUACAGCUGAUCGAAUAUUUAAAACAUUCGAUCGUGAUCAUACAGGUCGUUUAUCAUUUGAUGAAUUUAUAUCUGCUUAUAUUAUGUUACAAAAUUCUAUAAGUCCACAAAUACGUUUAAAUUUUCUUCUUGAUCAUUAUUCACAAAAUAAUGGUUAUAUAACACCAACAAUGGGUCGACGUGUUAUACAAGACAUGUCAGAUUUAUAUGGUGUUAAUACUGAUUGUCAACAAGUCUGGAGAAAUUUAGAAACUAAUUGUCCGCUAAAAAAUGGUUGUAUACCACAACAAGCAUUUACAGAAUAUUUUAUAAAUCAUCCAGCUUAUUCAUCUGCUUUUUAUAAUGGUGUACAAAUACCUCUACCUCCACCAUCACCACAAUUAUAA